AAAAAAGGAGAGAGAGUGAGAGAGACACUGAAGAGGAGUGCGGCGACAACAGAGGUGGAAAAUAAGAAACGACGCCAAGCCGGCUUUGGCCGGUAAUUCGAGUUACGACAAAUGGCAGGCGGUGGUGGCGGUUCGAUUAUGGUACUGAACGUGGCGGAGAAGCCAUCGGUGGCGAAAGCCGUGGCAGGGAUCCUAUCAAGGAAUCAAGGCCUGCGUGUACGAGAAGGCCGGUCUCGUUACAACAAGAUCUUCGAGUUCGAUUACACCAUCCGUGGGCAGCGAUGUCACAUGUUGUUCACCUCCGUCACCGGCCAUCUCAUGGAGCUUGAAUUCGAAGAGCGAUAUCGCAAGUGGCAUUCCUGCGACCCCGCCGACCUCUACCACGCCCCUGUACGCAAGUUCGUCCCUCAGGACAAGUUGGAUAUCAAGAAGACAUUGGAGGAGGAAGCCAGAAAGUGCCAGUGGCUUGUCUUGUGGCUUGAUUGUGAUAGAGAAGGUGAAAAUAUAUCGUUCGAAGUGGUAGAGACAUGCACUGCUGUGAAUCGCUAUCUUAAUGUGUGGAGGGCUAGAUUCUCUGCUUUGAUAGACAGGGAGAUCCAUGAAUCUGUUCAAACUCUUGUCCGACCCAAUCAAUUGUUUUCAGAUGCAGUGGAUGUUAGGCAGGAAAUUGACCUCCGGAUUGGUGCUUCUUUCACUAGGUUUCAGACCAUGCUGUUGAAAGAUGCAUUUACCAUUGACGUUGCAACAGAUGAAAGGAAUCUUGUUAUAAGUUAUGGUCCAUGUCAGUUCCCAACACUUGGGUUUGUUGUCGAACGGUAUUGGGAGAUACAGUCACACGAGCCUGAAGAGUUCUGGACAAUCAACUGUUCUCAUUCCUCCGACGAAGGCAUUGCUACUUUCAGUUGGAUGCGUGGGCAUCUUUUUGAUUACAUGUGUGCUGUUAUAAUAUAUGAGAUGUGUAUUCUGGAACCCACUGCAACUGUCACGAAAGUUAGACAUCAUGAGAAGCUGAAGUAUCCUCCACACCCUUUGAAUACUAUUGAGCUUGAGAAACGUGCAUCAAGGUACUUCAGGAUGAGUUCUGAACAUACUAUGAAGGUGGCAGAAGAACUAUAUCAAGCUGGUUUCAUCAGCUACCCACGUACAGAAACAGACGGUUUCUCAGCAAGGACUGACUUGCAUGGGAUUGUGCAAGAACAAGAACGGCAUCCUGUGUGGGGCCCAUAUGCACAACGGCUACUAGAUCCUGGAGCAGGACUUUGGAGAAAUCCUACUGGUGGUGGACAUGAUGACAAGGCACAUCCACCUAUUCAUCCCACAAAAUUUUCUGGUGGAGAAUCUGGAUGGAGUCAGGACCACCACCAGAGAUUGUAUGAGCUUGUUGUUCGCCAUUUUCUGGCCUGUGUUUCACAGCCAGCUAUAGGAGCUGAGACUACUAUUGAAAUUGAUAUUGCUGGCGAAUCCUUUUCUGCAUGUGGGCGUGUUAUAAUAGCAAAAAAUUACCUGGAUGUGUAUCGAUUUGAAUCUUGGGGAGGUUCAGUAAUCCCGACAUACGUUGUUGGACAACAGUUUAACCCGACGACAUUGACUCUUGAUCCUGGUGUUACAAGACCACCCCCUCUUUUAAGUGAAGCUGAUUUACUGACUUGUAUGGAUAAGGCUGGCAUUGGUACUGAUGCAACAAUGCAUGAUCACAUAAAAAAGCUGCUUGACCGGUUCUAUGCAACUAAAGACCAGAACACCCGUUUCUCACCAACAAAUCUUGGUGAGGCACUGGUGAUGGGAUAUGAUGACAUGGGGUAUGAGCUCUGGAAACCGUACCUUAGAUCCAUGAUGGAAUGUGACAUGAAAGAAGUUAGCUUAGGCAGCAAGAGGAGAGCUGAAGUCUUGGAGACUUGCUUGCAGCAGAUGAAAGCUUGCUUCUUGGAUGCAAGGUUGAACAAAGCAAAACUUUUGGAAGCCAUGGCGAUUUUCUUUGAGAGAUCCAACCGACCGGGUAGAGAUGAGCAGAAUCUUGUUGUCGGGAUUGUUCGGCCAUGUGGUGCCUGCCAAGAAUCUAAUAUGGUGCUAAAACGAAAACCGGAUGGCAAUUUCAUGGUUGGAUGCAUGGGCUUUCCACAGUGUAGGAAUGUUAUUUGGCUUCCAGGGUCCAUAUCAGAAGCAGUUGUGACCUCUCAAGUUUGUAACUCUUGCACUCCAGGUCCUGUUUACAAGAUUCAAUUUAAGUUUCGUCGGCUUGAGAUACCGCCGGACUACAAUGUUGACCAUUUGGGUUGCAUUGGUGGCUGUGAUGAGACGCUUAGACAAUUGACAGAAAUUUGUGGGACAGGUCCCCACAAUCUUUCCAAUAUGACAGCGCGAGGGCAGGGAUCAGCGGCAACUACUAGUAACUCCCAAAGAACAACGUCAAGGCAAAGAGCCUGCGUACACUGUGGGCAAAGUGGGCAUUCUUCCAAUAAUUGCUCUUCCCAGACUUCACGCUCUCAACGCAUUCAGCCUCGUGGAACAAACUUGCAAAAUGGAGAAUCUUCUAUCCCUUGUAACUUAUGUCGAACACCAUGCAUACUGCGAACUGCCAAUACAGCCAAUAAUAGGGGAAGGAAAUUCUACAAAUGCCAAUCACAGGAUUGUUAUUUCUUUAUGUGGGAGGAUAGCAUUGGUGAAAAUAAUGGUGGCAUAGGAGGAAGAGGUACUACACGUGCGAACAGCCGUUCAGCAAACUCCAACUCUAGGUCUAGCAGGACGGGUGGCCGUGGCAGGGGUGGACGAAGUGGAGCACGAACCACAGAAGUGAGGUUUGUGUCAGCAACUGGCGAACCCAUUUCUGGUAGGAGCUGUUAUGUUUGUGGAGAUCCUUCACACUUUGCAAAUGUCUGCCCAAAUCGAGGGACAUGAUCUCACCUGCCUGUGCAAGUAAAUACCUGUAUGUCAUUGCCUUUUUUUGGAAAUGUUGACGGCCUACUUUAUUCCUUGUAUGUAAUAUUGGAGUGAGGGUAGAUCGGUAUCCACCGGUUGCACCUUU